AUGAGCGCGUCUCAGGAAGAGUCACAGGGGAUGACCACCGCUGCGGAGGAGAGCCAAGACACCCCUGGGGACUCCUUCGAUGAUACGCAAGAGUUGAAGGAGCAGGAGGAGGAGGAGGAGGGCGGCGGCAAGAAGAAGAAAGGCAAGAAGAAGAAGGCGGAGUUGCCGAUCUUCACCAAGAGGGAUCCUAUCGAUCGUGUCCCCUUCCCAUCCACGGGGACGACCUUCACCGUGCUGUCCUGGAACGUGAAUGGCGUCCGAGCGACCGCCAAGAAAGGCCUGGAGCCGCUGAGGCGUAUGGUGGAGAAAGAGAUGCCCGAUAUCGUCUGUUUGCAGGAGACCAAGAUCCAGGAAAAGGACGUCGAAGCAUUGAGGGCACAAGAUAUUCUCCCCGGCUACGCUUCGGAGUGGAGCUGCUCCCGGACGAAGUUGGGCUACUCGGGCACCGCGGUUUUCUUCACCAAGCAGUCCGACCCAUGGAAGGGGGACGGGGGUGGAAUAGACGCAACGGGCAACGGGUUACCAUCCGAUGAGCCGGCGAGGAAGAAGCUCAAGCAAGGAAAAAUUUCCACGUUCUUCUCCCCGAAGCCUAGCAAGAAGUCGGCGAAGGGGUCAGCGCCGGAAAGUGAGACACCGACACGCGCCCCUGCGGCAGAACCGGCAACAUCCGCGGCAGCAUCGACGAAUUCCGCGGAUUCUUUGCCCGGGGGCCGCAGCGGAUUCAAGGUGCUGUCGGUUCGGUUCGGCAUCGGGGGUGACUCGAAGCACAACAACGAGGGCCGGUCGAUCACCGUCGAGUACGAGAAGUUCUUCGUGGUGACUGUGUACGUGCCCAACUCGGGAGAAAAGCUGGUGCGCCUUGAUUACCGCACCAAGGAGUGGGACGUGGCUCUGAAGGCCUACGUGGAAUCUCUGGAGGCGCAAGGGAAGCCGGUAGUGCUCAACGGUGACCUCAACGUCGCCCAUUUAGACCUCGACAUCUACAACAGAGGCGCGAAGCACUUGCCGAAAAACGCCGCCACGACCAAGGAGGAGCGGGAUUCGUUCGACUCGUGGGUGAACGGGGGAAAGGUUUCGGACGCGUUCCGACGGUUACACCCGGACGCCGAAGGGGCGUACACCUACUGGAGCGUUCGAACCGGCGCGCGACCCGUCAAUAGGGGGCUCCGACUGGACUACUUCGUGUGCUCUAAUGCCGUUUUCGAGGAUGGGGCGGCCGGGGGGGGGCAGGCGAAAGCGACGGCAAGGCGGGCGAAAGGCAGCGCGCCCAAGGGGAAGGGGGCGACGGGCGCGAAGGGGAUGGUGGUGCACGACUGCUUCAUGCUGGACGAGGCGACCGUGGGCGUAAGCGACCACUGCCCCAUCGGAAUCACGCUUCGCUCGACGUGA